AUGAAAACAAAAAGGUUAGAAGGCGAAAGAAACAGAAAGAAAGAGGUUAGAGAAAGAGAAAGGCAAAGAGCAUUUCAAAACUUCAAACUCUCACAAUUUUUCACAGAGAGAGGGCUUUUCAACGUUCAACCCUCUCUUUGUUUUCUACGUUCGUUCACACUGAAACCCUAGCGUCGUCGUUCUCACCUAGUUCCGGCAAUCAUUCCGGCAAUACUAAUACACCGCCGCCGCCGGUCGGGAAUAGAUGAGUCCCCGUCAGAGAACACUCUGUACUAUCAAUUUAGCUAAGCUAGGGUUUCAGUUCCUUAACGAUUUCAGAGAUCUCUCAACUAAUUAACCGAUUUUUUUUUAAAUUAAGCAUCGUAACUGCCGCCGAACGUGGAAACCGUUACGGUUAACGGAUCGUUAUUUGUGAUGGCGAGGGGAGGACAGUGUUUCGAGAAGCUUCGGAGGUGUGUUCGGACGGUUUUUUUCGUGGCGGCAUUGGUGGUGUCGCUACUGGUUACGUCGUUGCCGGUGGUUGUGGCGGUUCUUGAUGUGGUUGUUCCUUGCGUUUUGAUUUCGAGGUUUACGUGUGUUGGAUGCUACAGUUUCAAAGAGCAUUUGAUUCGAUACUCUUUUAAGAGUUCCUUGACGGAUAUUCCUCUCGUUUCCAUUAUAAGAUCCUUCAUCAUUAUCUGUGUUUAUUCAAUUUGUGAUGGUCCUGCUCUUUCACAUGGUCCUUAUCUUGGAACAGUGACUCUGUCUUCCUUUGUUUCAAUUGUCGUCCUUUCAGUCAAAGCUUGUGUUUUCACUGUUAAUUCUCAGAUUGAAGAGGAAGCUUCUGUAUCCAUUGCAAGGAAGAUACUCCGUUUGAAAAAGUCAUGGGGAAUGCCUGUCUUAUUUCUCUCGUCAGUUGUGUUUGCCCUCGGCCAUAGCGUGGUUGCUUACAGGACCAGCUGCAGAGCAAGGAGAAAGCUCAUGUUUCAUCGAGUUGACCCGGAAGCUGUCCUUUCGUGCAAAAGUGUUUUCUCUAGCUAUCAGAAAGCCCCACGCUCACCUAUUCCUUCUGGGGGGAGAACCCCAAAAAGUGACAGUGAAAUGAAGCGGAGACCCUUUGGAGCAGCUCGUGAUGAAGAAGUAUCAGUUAGAUUACUUGCAGACUCUGACAGCUUAUUCAUCACCUCCCAAGGUCUUACUCUCCACUACAAGCUAAGCCUGCCUAGGUCACCUCCUUCACUUAGCUUGUCCUCAUCAUCCUUUGUUGAAUCCAGCUCUGUUUGUUUCACUUCACCGAUGUCUGCGGGACUAUCAAAAUUUAAUAGGCAAUUGCCGUACGUGUCUUCCAAAAUCCAGCGACCACUCUACAGGACAUAUAGCAAUCAAUUACACGACCCGUCUUCUUUAUAUGCUCCUCUUUUAGAUGGUCCAGUAACGUCUCCUCUUCUCUCAGAAGAUGUCCCUGUUUUUCAUCUAGAUGAAAUUCGUGAAGGUGAUGAAACAGUUAAAUCAGAUAUCAUGUCUUUGGAUAAAAAAGCAGAGGGCAUGAGUCAAAUGGGUAUUGUUCUAAUACAUGGUUUUGGUGGAGGAGUCUUCUCUUGGCGGCACGUAAUGAAUUCUCUCGCUCGGCAGAGUAAUUGCUCGGUUGCUGCAUUUGAUAGGCCUGGUUGGGGAUUGACUUCAAGGCUGAGACGGGAGGACUGGGAGAAAACAGAACUGCCUAAUCCUUAUAAACUUGAAAAUCAGGUUGACCUGCUCUUGUCUUUCUGUUCGGAGAUUGGAUUUUCUUCAGUUGUGCUAGUUGGUCAUGAUGAUGGAGGGCUGCUUGCUUUGAUGGCUGCACAAAGAGUUCAAAGGUCAAUGAAUUCUUUCAAUGUUACAGUGAAAGGGGUUGUAUUGGUAAAUGUUAGCUUGUCUAGGGAAGUAGUUCCUUCAUUUGCCAGAAUCCUUCUGCACACCUCACUUGGAAAGAAGCAUUUGGUUCGGCCAUUGCUAAGAACAGAAAUCACUCAAGUAAUCAAUCGGCGUUCAUGGUAUGAUGCUACCAAACUGACAACGGAAGUUUUGAGUCUUUAUAAGGCUCCACUAUACGUAGAAGGAUGGGAUGAAGCAGUUCAUGAAAUUGGCAAAUUGUCAUCUGAAAACAUCCUUUCUGCAAAAAAUGCAGAAUCAUUGCUACACGAUGUAAAGGAUAUUUCAUUGUUGGUCAUAGCUGGUGCAGAAGAUUCACUAGUUUCUCUGAAAUCUUGUCAAACGAUGGCGUCAAAAUUUGUGAAUUCUAGACUGGUUGCAAUCUCAGGAUGUGGCCAUCUACCCCAUGAAGAAUGUCCUAAAGCGUUGCUUGCUGCAGUAUUACCCUUCAUCGGUAAACUAUGCUCUGUAUAUAACUCGGAUAGUCAGUAGGUCAUCUUUUUCCAACUUCAUACAUAGAUCAAUCCAUUGUAGGGUGCUUUUCCUUUCUCCGAUCAUUCUCUGGAUUUCCUCUUUCCUUUCUUUGCUUUGUAUGCAAUUUUACUUCAAGAGAAAGAUCAAAGCAUCACCUCUUUUCUUGGGUAUUUUGAUGUGCCAGUUUUUUAAAACCUUUUAUCUCUUUUAGAUGUCAAUAGUUGAGCACUGCUUGUCGCUUCCCACUAAAAGAAAAUGGGAAGUAGAUGUCAUAAGUUGUAAAUUUAUCAUGAGAUUGAUGAUGAAUAUAAUUUGGGAGGGUUGUUUCUA